GAUAUAUAAAUAAGUGAGGAUACAAAGGGUUCUCAAGUCUUGAUCUGUGUUUUUAGCACAAAAUGAAGUCUCAAGCAAUUGGGCUUAGCAGAGACAGCUGCUCUCUUGUUUUUUCACCUUCUUCUUCUUCUUCUUCUUCUUCACUCUGUACUUCCAAUUUCAAAUCCCAACGGUCACUUUUGAUUCCUAAUAAUAGCAUUAGUUUCCAAAGAAAAUCAGACACAUUUAUUCUCUCGUCUUCUUUUUCUACUCCCAAAAGGGUGUCUCAUAUUACUUGCUCUGCCGAUACCAAUAAAACUUCUCCAGCCAAAGCGCUGCGCUUAAUUCUUGAAUUGCCUGGUAUUCACCAGGGCCCUGCUUGUUUCGAUGCCCUUAGUGCUAGGCUUGUUGAGAAAGCUGGGUUUGACUAUUGCUUCACUAGUGGGUUUUCAAUAUCUGCUGCAAGAUUGGCAUUGCCUGAUACUGGCUUCAUUUCCUACGGGGAAAUGGUGGAUCAAGGGCGCCUAAUCACUGAAGCUGUGUCAAUUCCCAUUAUUGGGGAUGGUGACAAUGGUUAUGGAAAUGCCAUGAAUGUGAAAAGAACUGUCAAGGGUUAUAUAAAAGCUGGUUUUGCAGGAAUCAUUCUUGAAGAUCAGGUGUCUCCGAAAGCUUGUGGUCAUACACGUGGUAGGAAAGUGGUGUCUAGAGAAGAAGCAGUGAUGCGAAUAAAAGCAGCUGUUGAUGCUCGGGAAGAGACUGGCUCUGACAUUGUUAUUGUUGCACGAACUGAUUCUCGACAAGCAAUCUCUUUGGAUGAAUCACUUUGGAGAUCAAGAGCUUUUGCUGAUGCUGGAGCGGAUGUUCUUUUUAUUGAUGCAUUAGCUUCAAGAGAAGAGAUGAAGGCCUUCUGCGAAAUCUCUCUGCUGGUUCCAAAAAUGGCCAAUAUGCUUGAAGGAGGGGGAAAAACGCCCAUACUCAAUCCUUUGGAACUUGAGGAGGUUGGAUAUAAACUUGUGGCUUACCCUCUUUCAUUGAUUGGAGUAUCUAUACAAGCAAUGCAGGAUUCAUUAAAAGCCAUUAAAGGAGGACGGAUUCCUCCUCCUGGAAGCAUGCCAUCUUUUGAAGAAAUAAAGGAAAUCCUAGGUUUUAAUGAUUAUUACGAAGAAGAGAAUCAGUAUGCUAUCAGCACCAGGCAGACGCUUAGGCCAGCAGGUGGGUUAGAAAUCAACCUCUUACACCAUAAGCAACCCUGUUUCUCUCAAGUACUAGGUUAUUCACCAGCCAGAAGUAAUGUUUAUGAUAUACAACAGAGGACUCCAGAUGAUACAGUGCAGAGAAUUCAAAGUCCUCAAGAUCCUGUUGUUGAAGUGAUAACUCCUGAUGUAAUCAGUAACUAUGGUGCAGAUGGUUCAAGAGAUCCCUUUUCUGGGAUCUGGUCUCGGAAAUUGAGAGUCAAAAUAACAGGAAGAGAUGGAUUUGAAAAACUUGAUGUCAGGAUUCCUGCAGGGUUUUUGGAAGGGAUAACAGACAUUGUUCCAGCCUUGGGAGGUGUGAACAUCAAAGAACUCUUAAAAGAUGCAGCUGAAGAAGUAGGAGGCAAGCUGCUGUUGGAUUUUAAUGAUACCAUUGGUGACAGGAUUCAAGUCUUUCUAGAGUAAUAACUUUUUCAAGUUCUAUGGAAAAGGUGUCUUUAUUUUCAUAUAAUCAAAACUCUCUCAAUUCAAAAGUGAAUUUUUCUUUAAUUAUUAUUACUUAUUGAGCUUCCUUGAAACA